AUGGGGAAACAACUUGCAUUUGUGGUUUUUUGUCUAAUAAUAGUCUUUGGAUUUGUAAUAACAUCCAAUGCUAACACAUAUAUAGUCGGGGACAACUCUGGUUGGGACAUUAGUACGAAUCUCGACACUUGGGAGCAAGGGAAGAAAUUCAUCGUUGGUGACGUUUUGGUGUUUCAGUACGCGUCCACAGACAGUGUGUGUGAGGUGGGGCAAGAGAGUUAUCGAACAUGUAAUACAACGAAAGUUAUUAAUUGUUUUAGUGAUGGGAACACGUCUAUUCCUCUUACGACUCCUGGAGAAAGGUAUUUCUUUUGUGGUAAUAGGUUGUAUUGCUAUUCCGGGAUGAAACUUGAUGUGAUCGUGGAAAGAAAUCAAUCGGCAGUGGCGCAAGCACCUCUUAGUGAUGUACCCAAGUCGGAUAGUGGUGGCUCCAAGAAGAAUACUCCUUCGACCGUGGUAGAGAGUGGUGGUGUAUUUGUUCGUGUUGGAUUGGAUUCCGUUUUGAUGGGAGCUUUGGGGAUUUUGGGUGUUUUGGUCUCGAUUUUUUAAUGCACAAAUCUUGUAACUAUGUUUUAAUAUUUGACAAUUCAAUGAAUUUAAUUAUUGUGA